AUGACCGUGUCCUACACUCAUAAGGUGGCUAAUGCUAGGUUUGGAGGGUUCACAAAGUUGCUCUUCAGGUGGAGAGGAAGCAUUUACAAGCUUUUGUACAGAGAAUUCCUUGUCUUCUGCAUACUGUACAGCUUUUUCAGUGUUUUAUACAGAUGUAUCCUUAACGAUGAACAACAGGAUCUGUUUGAGCGACUAGCACGUCAUUGCAACAAGUUUGCUAAACUCAUCCCUAUGUCAUUUGUUCUUGGGUUCUAUGUUACACAGGCAUUUCAGCGUUGGUGGGGCCAAUAUACAAGCUUUCCCCUGCCAGAUAACUUGAUGAUGGUUGUAUCUGGGAAUGUUCAUGGCAUAGAUGAAAGAGGGCGCAUGCUGAGGCGCACCCUGAUGAGGUAUGCAAAUCUCUCAUCAGUUCUCAUCCUGCGCUCCAUCAGUACACGGGUGCACAAGCGAUUUCCAACUCUGGAGGACAUUGUGGAGGCAGGAUUCAUGACUGCAGAGGAGCUCAAUAAACUUAACCAUCUGUACUCUGACUUUAACAAAUACUGGAUGCCACUUACAUGGUUUGCAAACCUGGCAUCACAAGCAAGAAGAGAAGGGCGUGUGAAAGAUGAUAUAGCCUUAAGACUCCUUAUGGAUGAGCUUAAUAACUACAGAUCAAAAUGCAGCAUGCUCUUCCACUAUGACUGGAUCAGCAUUCCUUUGGUGUACACACAGGUUGUGACUCUGGCUGUGUACUCCUUCUUUACAUUCUGUCUAAUUGGAAGACAGUUUGUGAAACCUGAGAAUCGUGAUGAACACAAGAUUCAUCUGGACCUGUAUGUUCCAGUUUUCACUCUACUGGAAUUCUUCUUUUAUGCUGGCUGGUUAAAGGUAGGGGAACUUAUUAUUAACCCAUUUGGAGAAGAUGAUGAUGAUUUUGAAACCAACCAACUUAUAGAUCGAAACAUUCAGGUUUCUAUGCUAGCUGUAGAUGACAUGCACCAAAACCUUCCUCCCCUAGUAAAGGACAAAUACUGGUUGGAUAAGGGUCCCUCAUAUCCUUCUGCCACUAUGAAGCCUAUCUUCAUGGGCUCGACACAUGACAUGAGGAUACUUGAGGAUGAAAAUGAGGAAUCUGUACCAAUCAUCAAGACACCAAUGCUUGCCAUCGGUGUGUGGCCGACUACACUCAAAGUAAAAAAGCAAAGAAGCAAGGGCCUACAGCAACUGUGUCUCUGCUGCAGAACAAAAUGUACGGGUGAGAGCUCUGUCAGAGCACUUGAAAACCCUUCAAAGAUUAACGUCUUGCCACCACCUCAGCUACAAAACAUGUCAAGGCAACACCAGGUGGAAUUGCUGGAAUCUCCUGAAACUAAAGGACCAGCAAACCAAGACCCCUAGAUAAAUUAUGCAACAACCAAUCUGAAUUUAGAUCAGUACAACCAUACUAUAAUCUUGACCUAUUUGUUAGAAUAGUCAAGGAUGAGAUAAUAUUUCUUGUAUUUUUAAACUUAUCCCUCACUUCAUACACUGUAAAUACUAACAGCUGUUUCAAAUUAUACACAUUUGUUGUUUUAACUUCAGCGAAUAAAUUAAAAAAUAUAUUGCCACUCCCACUAGUCACCAUUACACCGUAAACCCUAAAUUUCAACAAUCAGUUGUCUAUUGUCAACAAUUACUUCAAAUGUCACAUUUUCAAAUCAGAACUCUGUUAACUGUUAAAUAUGCUACUUAAAUUCCUUUGGCUUCAAAAUCCACUAAAUUACAUUUUUGAUCCUAAUAACUCAAAAUGAUCAAGUAUAAAAUUGAGGCUGUGGGGAAUGUCUUUUAGCCUUGUACUUGAAUUAUGUAUACCUGGUCAAGGCAUGGGAACUUUGGGACAUGUAAUAGCCAUUAUUUAGAAUGAAUAUAGGCUUUAGCUCUUUUGACUGUUGUUGUACUUAGUAGCUGUUUUGUGUUAACCCUUAUAUUGUGUUCCGGUCAAAAUUGACCAAUUAGCGUUAUAUACUACAAACUGUAGUUUAUUUCAUCUAGUUGGAAUAAAAUUCCAUGACUUUCACACAGGGCAUCUGAACACAUUUUUAAUUUUUUUUAUCAUUUUCAUAAAACUGUAUUGGUUUUAUUUCACUUUGUUACACCUGUGGUGUUCCUGGUCUAAAGUGAACGGACACUGGAAAUGAAUGGAUUAAGCUACAAAAUACAGAAAUAUUAGGUGUUCAGGAGCAUCACAAUCCUUUAGAUAAGCACAUAUGUGGAUGUGUGUUUGCACAAACAAAGUCCUUGGACAUGUGCAAAAUAUGUCAAGGCAACACCAGAAAAACUAAUGGACCAGCAAACCAAGACCCCUAGAUAAAUUCAGCAGCUACCCCAUCUUAAAUUAAAUCAGUACAACCAUGCUAUUACACACACACACACGUGUGAUGAGUGCACUUUUGUGCAUCGUC